AUGGUUUCUUCGACAUUUAACGCGUCCAGUGACUUUGAGGCCCCGCAGAACUCGGACCUUGGCCUUCUGCCGGACCCGAAUCUACGCGAUGAUUCCCUGACGCCAGAGGGCAUUGUUCCCUUGACUGGAAAGCCGCCCCACUACCAAGCUAGAAGAGUAUUGAACGCCUUACUUAACAAAAAUAUCCCAGUCAUGGAGUACGGAGCACAAUUUGUUUUCAGACACGGCCAUACACGAGAAUUGAUGGCAUAUGAAUGGACUAUUCCUGAUGCCCAAAUGGAAAAGGCCUCGCAGAUUGUACAAGAACAUGGGAUAUCUGGCUUCGGCGAGAACCUGAUGGAGACGGCAAUCGAUGGGGUGCAUAUCCACAUCAUACCUCUGUCAGCAACCUUCCUCACCUUCGAGGACGCCGAGCGGGCUCCUUCAAUCAUCGACACAGACGCGAUGAUUCACACUCCAACUCCCCUGAAGUACAUGGAGUCUCUGAUCAAGCAAUUGAUCAGAAUUCCUGCUGGGGAGAUAUGCCGAGGCCCAUUUGAGGAGGACCUUCUGGGACUCAUCCGUUCCUAUGUUAUUCGCCAGCAUGAGCCCGAGAUCUGCCAGGUAACCCGCAGACAAGUGAUCGAUUCGGCUUACCGGCGCAUGGAGAGUUGGGACUGGAGCAAUGUCGGGAAUGGAUAUGAUGAUAUUCUCAAGGAGUUGGUCGAAGAUCCUGGAUUCAUCGAGGAGCUAACAUCUGACGACCCCAGUUUCUAG